UCACGCCUCUCUCCGCCCAUUAGUGUACGUCAUUCACGAGCGACAUUCUUACAUGUAAACAUCAUAUGAAACAUGGAGCAAAGAGGAUUGGAUCUCGUGAAGGUUCAUGGUGGUGGAGGGUAUGACUCUGAUUUCAGCGAUGAGGAAGGCCAGGGAGGAUCAGCUAAUGGACUCAAAAGGUCACGCGAAGAAGAGCUGCUGCUGCGGAAGCCAUUUGAGAAGGCCAAGCAUGCAAAGCUGGCCCACAGGACAAUGGCUGCACAGGAGUGCGACAGGGAGGAGGCCAUAAACAGGAGGCAUCACAUAAUAUCAAUGAACGCUUUUGACCGGCACAAGAAGUUUGUCAGUGACUAUAUCUUGUACUAUGGUGGGAAGAAGGAGGACUUGAAUCGUUCCUCGGACAAAGACAAGAGAGACAUUGAUGUGGUGCGGGAGAACCAUCGCUUCCUCUGGAGAGAUGAAGACGAGGAGGACAUGACAUGGGAGAAAGACCUGGCCAAAAAGUACUACGAUAAGCUCUUCAAGGAGUACUGUAUUGCAGACUUAAGUAAAUACAAGGAAAACAAGUUUGGAUUCAGAUGGCGCACAGAACAGGAAGUCGUCUCUGGAAACGGUCAGUUCCUGUGUGGCAACAAGCGUUGUGAGAAGCAGGAGGGCCUUAAGAGCUGGGAGGUGAACUUCGCCUACGUGGAGCUGGGCGAGAAGAGGAACGCUCUGGUCAAACUCCGCUUGUGCCCAGAAUGCUCAUUCAAGCUCAACUAUCAUCACAAGAGGAAGGAGGUCACGAGGAAGAAGAGGCAACGCUCGGAUGGAGAAGGGGACGCAGACACACCACGGGUCAAGAGGAGAAGGUCGUCAAACUCGAAGAAGCAGAAGAAAAACAAGAGGAAGCACAAAAAGAGACGCAGAGAAUCAUCAUCAAGAAGCUCAGAUGGCUCCCAUGCAUCAGGUAAAGAUUCUGAGAGCGGUGAGGAGCUGGUGGACGCCAAGGCAGAGGAGGGCCCCUCGGAGGCGGACCACUGGAAGGGCCCGGCCCCUGAGACAGAGCAGAAGUCCCGGGAGGAGGAGUUUGACGAUUACUUUGAAGACAUGUUUUUGUGAAGCAAGAAUGGGUGGAUGUUUUGUAUUUAUUUUUGUAUUAUAUGUGCAUUCGUUUGAAUUCCUGGUUUUUUAUUAAAUUCCUCAUUCGUUAAUGAAGAUAGUAAAUUCCUUAAUACAUUCCUCAUCUUUGAAUCUACUCAUAUUUUAAGACCUGGAUCUCCCAUAAAGACAAGAGAUCGCAAAUGACAUUUAAACUCAUCUUUUAACUCAUCUCAACUCGUCGCUCAUUUCACCACACAAGGCCCCAAAUUAAAUAUCAAAAAGUUUGUGACACUAAGAGUGUUUGUUUUCUGUUAAAAGCCUACAAAUCUCAUAGGCAUCAAUCCUCUCUCUUGCCCACCUGUGGAUUAGAUUAAUCCAAGACAGUUUUUGAUUCGCUGGAAGCAUUUCAAUGUCUUCUAAUCUCCGAGAUGUCUGUCUGCCUGCCUGUCUGCCUACCUGUCAGCCUGUCAGUGUGACUGUGGUUGGACUCACGUGAGGACACGUGGUGAGUAGAUCUCAAUGCCCUUUGGUCUUAAAGAUGCACCCAGCAGUGGUGCUCUGGCCUUGUGGCAAGGGGAUUACAUUCUUAGCAGAUCAGACCUCAUCGCCAAGAUCACUGCACCGUAUUGCACCCCAUAUGCCUGGAAAGUUGCGUGAGAUUUGUCCCAGGAUUACCGGGGUGGGUGCGAGAUUAUGAUUUAUCCAUCAGUAAGACUGCACUCUGUGUCUCACUUUGAAAUAAACGUCUCACCAUGA